CUAAUCCGGCCGUUCGAAAAAGUGGGAGCUUCCCAGUAAGACCCAGCAAACAAAGCCAAAGACCGCGACGCGAUCAGUUCUGUGGGCAGGUGAGCGCCGACCCAGCCCCCUCAAAACCACUCUCCCUCGCCUUGCCUGCCCUAUCCACCUCCCAUCACCACCCCGCUUCUUUAUCAACCACAAAUGGCCACGCCCUCCGACUCCCAAAAGCUCCCUGUAAAACGCAAACUUGAACCCCUCGACCCACCGCAACAGCAACCGUCGCCCUCUGCCACCAAGUCUUUCCAGCGCCUAUGGUGCCCCCAAGACGAGAUCCGCUUCCUCCAACUCCUCCUCCGCUGCACCUCCCAGGGCAUGCACUUUCCCCGCGACAUGCCCCUCUUCUACCACCGCGUCUCCCAUUCCCUAACCCAGUCCUACACCAAACCCCAAUUAUCCGAGAAGCUUAGGCGCCUCAAAAAAAAAUUCAGAAGGACUUCCUCUCGAAUUGCUCGUGAUAAUGCCGCUGUGGCUGCCAUGACCCCUCAUGAGCGCCGGCUUUUCGGGAUGUCGAAGAGGCUCUGGUCGGGGGACCAGCCGACAGUCAUGGGGCCAGCAGCCGGGGUGUGGAGGGCGGUGGCGGAGGCGUUUGAGGAGGGUGUGGAGGAGGCACGGGCAUCAAUUCAGAGUAGAUACUGUGGUGUUGUUUACCCUAGGGCAUCAUUCGGCCCGCUGGGAUGGAUGGAGUUCACGGAUGCGGCGGCAGAGUUGCAGAGGAGGUGGGGGGAGCAGAGGGUAGCAGAGAUGGAGGUCUUCUCGCAGAGGUUGAAGCUUGUCUUGGAGAGGGUGGGUUCUGAGCUCAAUGAGGCCGAGCUGAUCUAGGCACUCGAUACAGUUGUGACUCUUUAUUUAUAUAUAUUUUGAGUCUUUUUGGAUCCAGGGGUGAUUGAAGAUCAGUCAAUUCCGUGAGCUGAAUCUGAUUUACCCAUCAAUUUGGUUAGAUGGCUAAUUUAUCUUCUCUCGAUUCUUCUUCAUCGGUUUCUCGUGUUUUGGUAUCAUUGACUUCCUAUAAGCAGAUAUGCUGUAGCAUUUUGUUCAGGAAAUAUUGGGAAUGUCAUUCUUUGCCUGUUGAUAAGAGUCUAUGGUCUGUGUAAAUUGCCACAGUUCAGUUCCUGGUUUUAGUUUAUGUCCUUGAUCAGUAACUUAUGUAAAUGCGAGUUAGAUAUGUUCUUUUUGUUCUUUCUUUCAUGUGUAAGUUGGUGGUUAUGCGGCUUAGUAGUCUUUUUAAUGAAGAACGACUGUGACUUUUCUGGUUUAA